UUUGAUUUGGUUUGGUUAAUUUAAAAAAAAAAAAGACCUUUUCGGUUUCAGAUCCGUUUUUGCUGGUACACAUCCAAUCACAGUCGGCCAUCUCUUUCACCUGAGAUCUCUGCUAUGUCUACUCUCUCUCUCUCUGAAAGCUCCAUAGAUUUAUAGGUUACAAAUUCAAUUUUCAGAUGACUGAAGAUCCCUCAAUUAUCCCGGGAAGCUAAGGUAAUCGGCAAUUUGGCGUCUAAGAAAUGUCCACAUUUCUCCAUCAAAGACCGCUCCACAGUCCCUCGCUCGAUUCGCACGAGCUAUCUCCUCGAUCCCGCCGCCAGAAACCCUCCGCCGCCCUUCUCAGCCCCGCCGCGAUCCUCCUCCUCUCCCUGCUAAUAGUCCUCGGCGUGAUUUCCCCAAAUUCCUUGCUUUCGUUCGGUUCGUGGGGCUCCGAUCGGAAGUGGCGGGCGUACAUGCUCCCCGACGCGGCUGCGUACGUGGCGGGGAACAAGACCGUGAUCGUGUGUGCUGUGAGCGAAGCUUACCUGCCGUUUCUGAACAACUGGCUGAUCAGCAUCGCGCGGCAAAGGCAGCAGGAUAGGGUUUUGGUGAUUGCUGAGGAUUACGCCACGCUUGAUAUGGUGACCGAGCGGUGGCCGGGGCACGCGGUCUUGGUGCCGCCUGCUCUGGAAGCUGCCUAAAUUUGGGUCUCAGUAUGCAGGGCUUCUUCAAUUUUACGGCCAGAAGGCCUCGUCAUCUCCUGCAAAUUCUGGAGCUUGGUUAUAAUGUUAUGUACAACGAUGUCGAUAUGGUCUGGCUGGCAGAUCCCUUUCCUUAUCUGGAAGGCAAGCAUGAUGUGUACUUCACUGAUGACAUGGCUUAUGUGAAACCUCUCGACCAUUCUCACGAUCUGCCGCCUCCGGGAAAGAAGGGACGUACUUACAUUUGUAGCUGCAUGAUUUACCUUCGCCCCACCUCUGGAGCAAAAUUACUUAUGAACAAGUGGAUUGAAGAAUUGCAGGCCGAACCGUGGUCUAGAGCAAAAAAAGCCAAUGACCAGCCUGCAUUUAAUUGGGCAUUGAAUAAAACUGCAGGGCAGGAACUGAAGAAUCUCAAACCUCAACUGCAUUCAUCUGCAGAGGAUUGUGAGAAAUCAUAUCUGGACAGUGAGCAGAAGCAAAUGUGA